UGCUGAGCUCGGAGGCUGCGGCGGAGCCGGGAGGACGCGGAGGUGUAGGGCGGGUGCUGAGCCCCGCGGAGAAGCAGGAUGCGGCCGGGGCUGUGAGGCCGGGCAGCGGCCGGGAGGUCGGAUGCGGGGUCCGGGACACCGCUGAGGAGGCUGGUCCCCCCCUACCUCGGAGAGACGGGUCCCUACGCCCCCGCCGCGCCGGUCCGCGACGCCGGGGCCGACACAAUGAAGGAUUUGGGGGCCGAGCACUUGGCAGGUGGCGAAGGGGUUCAGCUUCUUGGAUUGUUGAAUUUCUACCUGGAACAAGAACAGAGAUACCAACCUCGAGAAAAAGGGCUGACUUUGAUGGAGGCUACCCCAGAGAAUGAUAACACUUUGUGUUCAAGAUUGAGAAAUGCCAAAGUAGAAGAUUUAAGAAGUUUAACUAAUUUUUUUGGAUCUUGCACUGAAACUUUUGUUCUGGCUGUCAAUAUUUUGGAUAGAUUCUUGGCUCUUAUGAAGGUGAAACCAAAACACUUGUCUUGCAUUGGAGUCUGUUGCUUUUUGCUGGCAGCUAGAAUGGUGGAAGAAGAGUGCAACGCUCCACCCACUCACGAUGUGAUCCGGAUCAGUCAGUGUAAAUGUACCGCUUCUGACAUUAAACGGAUGGAGAAAAUUAUCUCAGAGAAAUUGCACUAUGAGUUGGAAGCUACUACUGCCUUAAACUUUUUGCACUUAUACCAUGCGAUUGUAUUUUGUCAUACUUCAGAAAGGAAGGAAGUGCUGAGCCUCGAUAAACUGGAGGCCCAGCUGAAAGCUUGCACCUGCCGACUUGUCUUUUCAAAAGCAAAACCAUCUGUAUUAGCUCUGUGCCUUCUCAAUUUGGAAAUAGAAUCAGUAAAAUCUGUCGAAUUGCUGGAAAUUCUCCUGCUUGUUAAAAAACACUUGAAGGUCAGCGAAACUGAAUUCUUUUACUGGAGGGAACUAGUUUCUAAAUGCCUAGCAGAAUACUCUUCUCCUGAGUGCUGCAAACCUGAUCUUAAGAAGCUGGUUUGGAUCGUUUCCCGGCGUACGGCACAAAACCUCCACAACAGCUACUACAGCGUUCCUGAGCUGCCAACCAUCCCAGAAGGGGGCUGCUCUGACGGAAGUGAAAGGUAGUGAAGACUCUUGUGAAGACAUGAGUUGUGGAGAGGAGAGUCUCAGCAGCUCCCCUCCUGGUGAUCAGGAGUGCACCUUCUUUUUUGACUUCAAAGUGGCUCAGACACUGUGCUUUCCAUCAUAGAAUUCACAUGGUCUGUGUUAGGAUUUAAAGUAUGUGCACCUGUUUCAAAGCAAUAAGUGGGGGAGUAGGUAGUUUUCUAGUCCAGCCCCCAUCUAGACAGGAAUUUCACAGACUGGAAUACUUACCUUCUAUUUAUUAUUCAGAUCAGAUCUGGCCUAUUUUCAUAUUUAAUCCUAAGCCAUCGAAUGGGUUAGUGCCUCUUAACAGUACUUUAAACAUUGGCACUUUAUUUUCUUGUGACUUUAUCUGUUGGGAGGAGGGAAGGUGUUGGUACCUUCAUCACUUGUCAAGACCUAAAGCUUAGUAGUGUAGCUCAUCUGCAGCUGCA